AUGGCUUCGAUUUUACCUGCAUCCAAUAAAUCAAUGCGCUCUGACAGGAAUACAUAUGUUGGAAGAAGGUUUGUUCAUGUUAAAAAUCCUUACCUGGAUUCUAUGGAUGAAGAUAUUCUCUAUCACUUGGAUUUAGGAACAAAAACACACAAUCUACCAGCAAUGUUUGGGGAUGUAAAGUUUGUCUGUGUCGGCGGGAGCCCUAACAGAAUGAAAGCAUUUGCACUAUUUAUGUGCAAGGAGCUUGGAUAUGAGGAAGGUGAAGAAGAAAUAAAAGACAUCUGUGCUGGGACGGACAGAUACUGCAUGUACUAAACUGGUCCUGUGCUCUCCAUCAGCCAUGGAAUGGGUGUCCCCUCUAUUUCUAUUAUGCUUCAUGAACUCAUCAAAUUACUUCACCAUGCUCGGUGCUGUGAUGUUACCGUUAUCCGAAUUGGUACAUCAGGGGGAAUAGGGAUUGUGUCAGGAUCUGUUGUCAUAAUGGACACAGCUGUAGACUCCUUCUUUAAGCCUCGGUUUGAACAGGUAAUCUUGGACAACAUCAUCACCCGAAGUACUGAACUUGACAAGGACCUGGCUGAGGAGCUAUUCAACUGUAGCAAAGAAAUCCCCUUCUUUCCAACCCUCAUUGGACAUACCAUGUGUACCUAUGAUUUUUAUGAAGGCCAGUGUUGAUUAGAUGGAGCGUUGUGCUGUUUCUCCAGAGGAAAAAAAUGUGAUUUCUUGAAGAGAGCAUAUAAAGCCGGCGUCAGGAAUAUUGAAAUGGAAUCUACAGUGUUUGCGGCCAUGUGUGGACUUUGUGGUCUAAAAGCUGCUGUGGUCUGUGUGACACUUCUCGACAGACUUGAAUGUAACCAGAUCAACUUGUCCCAUGAGGUUCUGGUAGAGUACCAGCAACAACCUCAGCUCCUGAUCUCCAACUUCAUCAAACAACGGCUUGGAAUCUGUAGGACACCCCUGCCCUCUUCUGCAAGUCUAUAG